UAUGACCAGCCAGCAGGAGCAGGUGGUUUAUGGUCAUAUGAUGUUGUUAGCCGAGGUUGAGGAGCAGCAACAUCUCAGCUGAAUCACAGCUCACAUCACUCCCUACAUUGAAAGGCACCUGCAGUUGACACGUAACCAAACAUCAGGCAAAAUGUCGUACGGUUCCAUUGAUGGAGGUUCCUUUGGCAGUCGUAACCCAUUUGGAGGUCCCAUGAGGCAGGGAUACCAGCCAGUUGCCACACAGGUCAGCCCCUCAGAACUGCAAGAUGUAUUUCAGGAGACGUCCUCCAAUAUCUUCCAGAUCAACGCCAAUGUUGUCACAUUAGAGAAGAAUCUUCAGUCACUGGGGACAUCUAGAGAUACAGCAGAGCUGCGACAGAGUCUACACUCCACUCAGCAGCAAACCAACAAAGUCAUCACCAGCACAAGCCAGCUCAUCAAACAGCUCUCUGAUAUAAUCAGCGGUUCUUCACGGCAAGACCGUCUGCGCCUGACCAGGCUAAAGACUGAACUCUCUGAGUCUGUGCAGCGCUAUGGGGAUCUGCAAAAGAAAAUUGCAGAGCGCUCAAGGGCCCUGCUCCCUCCAGCACAGAAAGACAAGAAGAAGAGUCCUCAGACCCCAUCCACUGAGCAGAUAGAGGACAGUCCACUGUUUGGAGAAGCAGCAAGCUCAGAGGGAGGAGCUCAGGCUUUUUUGUCUGAGAUAAGUGAGGAGGAUGUGGAGGUGCUUCGUCAGAGAGAGGAGGCCCUGCUUCAGAUUGAAAGGGACAUGCUAGAUGUCAGUCAAAUCAUGGAGGAUCUGCCAGCAUGGUCCAUGAACAAGGCGAUGCAAUAGAUAGUAUUGAAGAUUACAUCCAGACCGCAUCAUCGAACGUGGAAUCAGCCAAUCAGGAGCUUGCAAAGGCGAACCAAUACCAGAGGCAGCUGAGGAAGAGGAAGUGCUACCUCCUGGUGGUUGGAGCUAUCGUCCUCACGAUUCUAAUCAUCAUCAUCGCUGUUUCAGCGAGAAAAUGAGACUGACCACUGUGGUAGCUGCUGUCAUUACAGUGUCACUGCGCUGCUGCUGCCCAGCCUGAUCCCUGACCUGAACAGCUGGUUUCCAGUAGGAGGGAGCUGCCCUGCAACAACAUCUCUACUCCAUCAUCUCUGGCUCUGUUUACACGUACAUCAGUCUGAGGAUGAAAGUCUAUCUCAGCAUACUCCCAGUCUGAGCCUCUCGUGUAAUCAUCAUUUUGCUCUUUUUUUUAUGUCAUACCUGUUGGCUGUGACUUUAAUGUUAUCAUCAACGUCACGUGUGAAUUUAGUGAUUACAUCAGAGGCACAAGCAGGGUGUUUCCUUUCUUGGAUGUGAAGUGUUACUGCUUUGUAUCACACACCUUCAGCUCCCAAAUGCUGUUUUAUCAGAAAACCAGGUGAAGGUGGAGAAGCUUCAGGAUGAGACAAAUCAAUCUGAGUUCAACUGUCUUCACUGCUGUAUACUGUAUGCUCCCUUUCUUUUAUGUAUUUUUACUGAGAUAUGCGCAAUAUUUAACAGCUUGUAGUGUAAUUUAAUCACUAUUAUAUUGUAGUGUUUCUUCGCAUUGGUAAGUAUUGUUUGACCAAAUAUAUCUUCCAAAAUAAAAUUCUAUAUCAACAGCAA